AUGACUCCUUUGCAUUAUGCUGCAACAACAGACAUUCACCUUGAACUAUUGGACGAAUUUCUCAAAGUCUGUCCCCAAUCUAUUAAAGAUGUGACAAUUCAAAACGAGAAUGCUCUGCAUAUUGCCUUGAAAUACGACAAGUUGGAGGCUUUUCUACACUUGGCUGUGAGGAAGUUAUUAUAUUCUGGUGUUGAUAUAAACACUAAGAAUUUAAAGGGUAAUACGGCAGGCGUUAUGUUGGGACAACAAAAUCAAAUAGAAAAUCGCAAGAUCAACGUUAUGCUACGGCGUGCUGGAGCUUUACCAGCUUCAUCUCUUCCUAAAGUAAUUUAUUAUGCACGUUACCUAUGGUCCUUAUUCUCAUAUAUUGAGAAAAUAAGAAUGCAUUGUAUUGGUGAAUGGACCGAAAUAUCAGACGACAGGUGCAAUAUGCUUUUGGUGGUUGCUACACUUCUUCUGACUGUCACCUAUCAAGCAGUACUCAGCCCUCUUGGGGGACUUUGGCAAGAUGAGUACCAUCCUGAACCCAAUACCACAUAA